AUGCUUUCCUCUUACGAACCUUCAACUUCUCUGGAUGACCGAGGGGAAAAUUACUCAUCACUGCUGCAAUGUCAUUUGAUUUUGUUCAUCGGAAAGAAAUGUUCCAAUAAAACGCUCCAAUACCAUCGUUAUUUUUCAGCAAGUCAUGAACGUGUUUCAUUGGACGAGUGGAGCAAGAGAGAAAAGUUAUCACUACAUGCCAUGUUCAAGAAGGUCAUCAAAAAAUUAGAAAAGCAAUGUAAAAUUGUUAUUGACGAUGAAAAUUUAAUAGCAGAAACUCGGAAAUCAUUGUUAGAGAAAGUGAAACAUUGCAUUCCACAAUGUAAAGUUGGAGCUCUGUAUUUUACAUGCAACAAUGAGCGAGUAUUGGAAUAUCAAUUCAACCUGAAUCAAAUAUUAAGCUAUUUCCUAAAGAAAAAUCAUAUCAAAUCGCCAGACGUUUGCUUAACGGGUCAUCCACUUCUUCAACACAGUCAAGACACAUCCAAAGAACAGAUCAUUCCUUCAAAAACUGAAGGUUUUGACAUCGUCAUGGAAAGUAAGGUGAAACUUACCAUUGUGAAUCGAGAAAAAGUGGAAUUCAAUCAUCAAGGCUUAAUCGUGGAUGGACUGUUACUGGCUCUUCGGUUGUUGGUGCUUUCUCCUUCUCAAGAAAAAGAUAUUUCUAAUUUUGCAGACCCUCAUAUUCAUUGGCUUUUCACACAGUGGAUUAAAGUCAAACCUAAUGGACGAAUUAUCAUUGUCUUGAUACAAAAAGACUAUGAAAAAUUAUGUGAUCUACUUGGUAAAAAAACCAAAACAUUUGAACAAUUCGUCAUGUGGGUUGAGAGGACUUGUUGUAAAUAUUUCACAUUUCCUAUAUUUACUGUGGAGAUCAAAAUGAUGAGCUCGACCCAACAAAUGAAGAGAGAUGAAAUAUUAUUACUUUCCUCAUUACUUUAUUUGCAUUCUCUUGCAAUUAGUGAAGCAAUUGUGAUAGUCUCUCCUUUCAAUGCUCAAAGCAUGUUACAUCUAGGAAAUUCAUCGAUCGUGAACCAGCACAAAAAGUUUUUCACUACUGAAUGUAGAAGCGACAAGAAUCAUCUAUAUAUUAAUAACGAAAUGUAUACCAGUAUGGCUAAACUAGGAUUAAUACUUGUAGAUUUUUCUAGUUUUUUGGAUAUUACCACACAAGAGUUGGACUCGGAUGAAACUCUACGCAUUGAGCAGAAAAUUGCUCUGAUUCAACUCGAUUACCGAUCGAAUCAAGCUGAAUUUUUGAAACAUAUUGAGUUUGUGCAAAUAGAUUCAUGGAAGAGCAAUGGUGAAUGGUUUAGCAAGUAUAUUGGAAGAUAUCCUUUCAUUUCUGAAUUACAAAAAAGCAAUAGGAGUGAAUUUCGAGCUGGAAUAUUUCAAGACUCUCAACAACGUGAAAUCAAUCACAUUCUUUUCGGAAUCAUUUGUAAUCCUAGUGUCAUUGCACAAUUUGCAUCUCAAAAUGAUUUCUCGAACCAUUUACAAUUUUAUCAGAAAAUCAAUGAAUACAGUGUGUCAAAUCAAAUGAACAUGAACAUGGAAUCGAUUAACGCUGAAAGGAAGAGGUUUUCUCCCAAACAAACUGAAAAACUCUCGAAAGGAAUUGAAGGAAGUCCAUCAGGAGGAAACCUCAUGAGAAAACAAAUCAGCAUGGUGAUGCCUAACACAUCCCACCAAUAA